ACAUGGAGAGUGGAGCAGGAAAGCACUGGACUAAGGAGGAGGUUAAAGCUUUGCUAAGUGUCUGGGCAGAAAAAAAUAUACGAAAACAACUUUAUGGAACACUAAGAAAUAAAGGAAUAUUUAUUUACAUUGCUAAAAGGCUGCAAUCAUUAGGAGUACACAGAGAUUGGAAACAGUGCCGGGCUAAGUACAAAAAUCUCAAAUAUGAAUAUAGAACAGUUAAAUAUGCCCAUAAAUCUGGAGACAGCUCUAAAACUAUGAAGUUCUUCCAUGAUUUGGAUGCAAUCCUGCAAUAUGAACCUACCACACAAUUUACAGAGGAAGAUGCAAAUGGCAGGUGCCUGGAAACGCUCAGCCCAAGUACAGCCCCAGAGACCACUGAAGGUAAAAUGUCAAUUGCAUCAGAAGAUAAGGAAGACGUCUCAGGAAAUUCUUUACUUUUGGUUUCUCAUGUCAGACCAGUGGAACUAGGUAUCUCUACAUCAGUAUUGGAACCCUCUAAUAACACGACUUUUAUCCCAACUGUAGCAAAUGAAGGAGGAAAGCACUGGACUGUGCCAGAAGUCAGGGCUCUUAUAGACAUCUGGUCUGAUAAAAGCAUACAACGACAACUAGAGGGAACAGUGAGAAAUAAAAGGAUAUUUGAACAAAUUGCUGGCAAGCUUCAGAAAUUUGGAAUAGAGAGAGACUGGAAGCAAUGCAGAACAAAGUACAAAAACCUAAAACAUGAAUACAAGAUUGUAAGAACAGCACAGGACCUAGGCAUGACUAAGAGUAUGAAAUUUUUUACUGAGUUGGAUGCCAUUCUGGGACACAAUAAAACAGAAAAGUCACGAGACCAGGAAUCCCAAGAUGGAGAACCUGUCAAAGAAUGUGCCAACAUAAAAAUGGGAGAGGACCAGACAGCCAUUGCUGGAGAUGUAGCUGAAGGUGAUUCGGUCAGUAAUAAGUCAGAAGACAUAGGAGAUACAGAUACAAAACAAAGUCCUGACACAGAAUUAUUUGAAGGUCAUAACAAAAGCCAAGGAACUUUGAGCUUCAAGAGAAAAGCGCAUGAAGAUGAAACAGUGUCUCUAUCUCUUAAGAAAAGUACUCCUGAGAUCAUUACAAAUCAGUUUCCUCAAAGCAUAAUAACAGAACCAAAAGAUUCUACAGAACGUUUCUGCAGACAGGAAACCCAACUUCAUCAGGUAAAUCUUAUAAAUUUUUAGAAGUAGUAUGAAAAUGUUUGUCAUUGUAAGGUUCAAAUCCUAACCCAGAGAAGUGAUAAUUCACUGAAGGGAAGGGUAUGCUUAUCACAAAAUGAAUCAAGGAGAAAGGCUAACUAGCUGAUUCAUGGGAUAAAUCUAAGAAAUCUUCAAAUAUGUCCAGGCCA